AUGAAUAAUCAAAUACCGUAUUGCAUUCAUCCUAUCAUAAAUGAUAAUAUAUCGAGCAAUGAAACGAAUAUAGUGAUUAAGCAGGAGCAAAUUGCAAAAGAAUUCAUUCCCAAUUCAAUUACUACUUCAUUUGAACAACCGAAACAUAGGUCUUUCAUGGCUGAUCAAUAUUCAUUGAUUUCAAACUUUGAAAUACAAUUUUACAAACUAAACUUAUCGUCAGCUACUGUAGUCGACCAAACAACAAUCGAACGUAAUGGUACAUCCAAUAUUUCUCAUCAUGCAGGCUUGUAA